ACAAGGGGUGGUGUGACGAUAAAGUUCGGAAAAUUGCAGUGUGAGGAAGGUCACUGAUUUGAUCAUUCCAUUUUAAACUCCAUCUAGACUCGAACGACCAACAUUAGAUUUUAUGUGGACACGGCGACGAUGUCAGGAUGAGGGAAAUUGUCGAUAGGUCGUGGAUUGGAUCCUUAACUUUGCUGCACACCAUCAGAUGUCCGGAACCUGAUCUCCGGAACACAACCGACUCCGGUUGUAUCUCGACAUAUCAGCACUUCUUUGCAAUGUUCUCCUACGAUAUAUUCCAGAAUGUUGUAACGGGAUCGAGCUGGGAGCCUUAAAACGGAAAUCCUUUGACUGCAACUGAGUUUAUCAAUAUGUCCAAACUGCAGCAACGGAGGAAAAGGGAGAAAGAUAUCAAUGACGCGAUAUCUUGGUCUGGUCGGUCGUUGACUACAAUCUAUGCUGGCAUCUCCAUUUCGCACCGCGACUACGGAGAUAGUAGGGCCGCCAUCGCCUUUCGAAAUUCGGCAUACCUAUUCGACUAUGUCGUAUUUGAUCUGCCUGCUGAGUCUUCCAACACACCUGCCCUUACCAUUCGCAAUCGGAUCGUCUCCGAAUUGCGGUCCUACAGUGAGAAACAUAAGGAAAAGAUCGUAGGUCUGGCCAUGCCACUGUCCCUGGCCGACAAGUACCCAUCUCUCUGUCCUCAGCUCUGGCGGGAACUAGAUAUCCUGCCUCUAGUUCUGGAACACAAAGAACGUGCAAGGGCGGAUGCGGACCAGGGCGACUUGGCGACAUUCUCAUCGUGGAACAUCAAAGAGCUGGAUGAACAGGCGGACUCCAUGGUUAGAAAGUGUAUGCGGUCUUUCGGCGUGGGCCAUGUCUUGCAGGGGGAAAUUGGUCUCGGGAGCUUGGUAGGGGUUGACCGGAAUUUUCGCGUGCGGUUGGCCGAUUUGGAAGACUACCAGGAGACGGUGACCGCUCGGACAUGGUCCAUUGCUCAACAUUAUGCAGACGAACUCAAGCGACGGAAUGUGAAAAUUGCGUUCUUUAGCUUGUCCUCGCAUGGGAGACCGGAUAUUCAUACGAGGCACUCACUGGUGAGGCUCUUACAUUACCUGGGGGUCAAUGUUCAAUGGUAUGUCCCGAAGCCACGUCCAGGGAUGAAUAGCAUUAUUCGGAAGAUGCAAGAUACCCUAGAAGGAUUAGGCACAAGGGAUGAUGCUAUCACCAUUGAGGAGGAAAUGUGUAUUCUGCAAUGGGUUUAUGAAAAUGCCCGACGAUACUGGCUCUGUGAAGAUGAUCCUUUGCAGGCUCGUUCCAAGGGCGGCGCAGACAUUGUAGUCAUCGACGACGUGCCCCUUACACCCGCAGCAUUAUUGUCGAAACAGGUCGAUCCGGGACGACCAGUUAUUUUUGAAAAUCGACUUCAAGUCCAACUGAGCGCGUUGCAGGAUGCGAAGAACUUUUCGACACGUCUGUGGGACUUUCUGCGGGAACGUCUCGAGCAUGUGGAUCUUGUAGUAUCUCAGGCUCCGAAAGAGCUGGUACCGGAUAUCAUGCCGCAGAACAAGGUUGGCUAUAUUCCCGUGUCAGUAGACCAACUGGAUGGACUCAAUAAGAAUAUGAGCGACUUUGACAUCACGUUUUAUGGACGCGAGUUCAACUCCUUGUGUCGAUCCUUCGAGACACCGACUUUGAACUAUCCAGAUGAGCAAUAUAUCCUCCACCUCUCACAAUUCCGAAAUCUCGACGAAACCAUCACAGUCCUUAACGCCUACCAAAGGUUCCGCAGCCACUGCAUGGACGCAGGGAUGAACACUACUUUCCCCAAGCUCCUCAUAUAUCAUUACGGGCCGUCCCGCAGCUCCAAAAGUACCUUGAUCUACGAUGCCAUCCUCUCCCAUAUCGAGACGGACAUGCCGCGUCUCAGAUCGUGCAUCUAUGUAAUGCAAAUCGGCCCGCCAGACCAACUCUGGAAUACUCUUCUGACCAAAGCAAAAGUCGUCAUUGAGCUAUCCAUGUGCGAAGGUAUUCCCGCCAUGCUGCUGGCCGCCGUGCAGAAGGGGAAACCCAUAAUCACUGUCAAUGAAAUGGGUCAGUUUUCCUUUACCAAGGGUGUUGAUAAUAUACUGUUCUUUCAGAAGGGCGAUGUGGACACCAUCGCCAGGCUUUUGACAGAUCUUUGGACUGAUCCUCAGCUGAGCGAGUUGUUGCUACCGGGGCCGAGGAGGUUGAGGGAUGAGUACACGACGGUUGGGAAUGCGGUCAAUUGGUUGUUCUUGGCGGCGGAAAUGUCGCGAGAAGGUAAUGCUGUGGAGCCGGAAGGGAAGAGUAUCUUUGAGUUGGCUGGUCAGGGGCCUGGUUUGUGUAUUUGAAAUGGUAUUGCCCAAUGCUCGUUUUCCUGACCAACGCGUGGGAUGAAGCCCUUUUUGAUUCAAUAUUCACUACUUGACUUGUGUAAUGGAGGGGAUAGUAUGUUAGCCAUAUGAAACUAUCGAAUAUGAUCCAGGCUAAAUUGCUGACUAUGUGGAAUUUGGAUACACAGCAAGUGCCAC